CGCCCCGCCGAGCAGAAAGACCGGGCUCUGCCGGUGAGAGGACCGAACAACACUCAGCCUGAGCAGCAGCAGCAGCAGCAGCAGCAGCGGAUCCUGUACCGAGCUGCUGUGGAUCCGGGACGGGUCUGGGAGAAAAAGGAGCAGACCGUAGCUGCAGAAAGACGAGAAGAGUUUUUGUUGGGUGCUUUUGUUUUCAGAAAAAGUUAAACUCUCACACAAACGGAUACACGCACAAAACCUUAACUGUUGUUGGAAAUAUUGCUGCACAGAGCCAAAGAACAUCUUGUUUAAGGCCAGAGGCAUAGCAGAGGUGAGGAGGCCCAGGAGAGGAGCGAGGUCCUGGGAUGAGAGCUCUCUGUGAUUCCCCUGUCUCCCCCAGACCUCCAGGAGGAAAGGGCUGGGCAACACUCUGAGGGUGUGUGGUGUGUCUGACGCCGUCGGAGUGCUAUGGCUCUGGUUCAGGCACUACCUGUAACCGUGAGUGACCACCCCAAUCCAGGUCUCGACGUCCAGCAGUGCCGGCCGCUAUCAUCCCACUCCCCCUCAGGCCCCUGCUCUGGCCCCUGUGGGCCCUGUAGCUCUGGGACAGCCAUGGGUUCUGUCAGCAGUCUCAUAUCGGGCAGGACGUACCAGGAGAGACACUGCCGGGCCGCCAGCGAGUUCACCACCAAGCCACGCCGUUCCACACCGGCUACAAGCUGCUUCCGGCUCCAGGAUAAUACCCUCCGCAGCGGGAGCUCCCUGGAGCAGCUGCUGGUUAUCAGCAACCAAACGCAGCCCCAGGCCCAGAUUCUACCUCCACCGCUGCCCACCAAGAAGCAGCCCCGGCCUGGUAACUCUGCUGGGUCAGGCGGGGGUGGAACAGUUGCUGGAGCUGCAGGUGGUGGAAUUAAUGGGAACUUUGGAUAUGGGAGCGAUGAGGCGGUGGUUGGAGACUGGAACGACAACCUGGCACUGGCUGCUGCAAGCCCCUGCAGUGACUCAGAGGACCAAAGGGACAACAGGACUCUGAAUGGCAACAUUGGAGGCCCUCCACCCAAACUCAUCCCAGUGUCCGGACAGUUAGAGAAGAACAUGGAGAAAGUGCUGAUCCGUCCUACAGCGUUCAAACCUGUUGUUCCCAAGAAUCGUCACUCCGUGCAUUACCUGUCUCCACGGCCAGGAGGCAGCAGUCUGUCAGAAAGCCAGGGCAGCCUCAACCUCCUACUGCCCCUCGGAGGAUCCAACAGCACCAACGGCGCAAACAGCAACGGAGGGAACAGCAGCUCUGGCUCUGAAGGGAAGCGUAACUCCUACAGCGGGGGUCGCAACGCUCGGAGCAGCCAGUCCUGCUCCAUGUCAGAUUCAGGGAGAAACUCCCUCUCCAGCCUCCCUACUCACAGCAGCACAGGCUACAGUUUGGCCCCCAGUGAGGGCUCCAGCUCUGGGUCUGCCACUGGGGGCCAGUUAGAGCCCGUGUCAGUCCUGGGCCGAAACACUUCUGGUGGAACUGGGAGCCAUGGACACACUAACUCGGACAGUGGACGUUCCUCAUCCAGUAAGAGCACAGGCUCGGGGUCGCUUAGUGGACGUGGGCAACCCCUGUCGGACAGCGGGUCCUGUGGUCACUCACCACCACCCGUGGAGGGCUACGAGGCAGUGGUGAGAGAGCUGGAGGAGAAGCUGAGGGAACGAGAUCUUGAGCUUCAGCAGCUCCGGGAAAAUCUGGAUGAGAAUGAAGCUGCCAUCUGCCAGGUGUAUGAAGAGAAGCAGCGUCGCUGUGAAAGGGAGAUGGAGGAGCUGAGACAGAGCUGUGCCGCGAAGAUGAAGCAGACCUCUCAGAAGGCCCAGAGGGCACAGCAGGUGCUACAGCUACAGGUAUUUCAACUACAGCAAGAGAAAAAGAAGCUGCAGGAGGACUUCUCCUCUCUGCUGCAGGACAGGGAGACACUGGAGAGGAGGUGUGCCACCAUCCAGAGGGAGCAGACCCAGCUGGGGCCACGGCUGGAAGAGACGAAGUGGGAGGUGUGUCAGAAGUCAGGAGAGAUCUCGCUCCUGAAGCAGCAGCUGAAGGAGAACCAGUCGGAGCUCAGCCAGAAGGCUGGAGACAUUGUGGUGCUGAAGGCCCAGCUGAGAGAAGCCCGAUCGGAGCUUCAAGCCAGCCAGGCUAGAUCCCAGGAGGCCCAGACGGCCGUGCGGACGCGAUCUCUGGAGCUGGAGGUCUGUGAGAACGAACUCCAGAGGCGCAAGAGCGAAGCUGAGCUGCUCAGAGAGAAAGUCGGACGUUUGGAAGAGGAGUCAGCCCGACUCCGUGAAACUCUGGCCAAUCACAGCGGACACUCUCUACCUGGAAACGCAACCAUGAAGGGGCAGUGCAUGAGCUUGUCCCUCCAACAGGGUAGAGGUGUGUCAGGGAGGGGCGGUCCCAGUCCCUCUGUGUACCGUGAUGUAGAGGAGAGUCAUUUGGUCUGGGGAGGAGAGAGUGAUGAAGCCAAGGCACAGAGACAGAAUGCAGAAACAGUGUUGGGACUCAGACAGCAGGUGGACAGGCUGAAAGCUGAGCUCAUGUACGAGAGGAGGACGAGUGAAGAGCAACUGUCACGGUUUGAGGAUGAGAGGAGGGUGUGGCAGGAGGAGAAGGAAAAGGUAAUCCGCUACCAGAAACAGCUGCAGCAGAACUACAUCCAGAUGUACCGUCGAAACCGGGACCUGGAGCGAGUGAUGAGGGAGCUGAGUCUGGAGCUGGAGAACAGGGACAUGGAUGACUUUGAGGUCCACAGUGGCAGCAAUGACAUCCACUUUGAGGAAAUCACCGCCACUGAGAUCUAAACACACACACAUAAACUUACACUAAUAUGUGCACAGAUACACGGGAACACAACCGGCACUCAUAAAAGAUGUAAACCAAACCUUGAACUCCGGGCCAAAUACUUCACCACGGCUUUACCUGGACCACUGAGCGAGCACUCACCACUUGUCGGUGUCAAAUGGGAGAUCACCCAAAGGUGCAUUCUUACUUUCUGCUAACAGAAAUACACUCCUAUAAAUCCACGUAAGGUGUCCCCCCGGCGCUUUUAAUGAGUUUUACUCCACUACAAAGCCAGCACAAAGACUUCUUUCCUUCUGCGGGAGCAAAAGCAGUGAAAAAAAAGUGUUUCCUUCUCAGACCAUAUUUAAAUCAGGGUAUUGAAAACGACGGGAACUUAAAGCAAAAAACAUGUUACUACACGCACAGUAAGCUGGACGAAGACACCUUUCUAGGUAGCACACGAGGUUAGACACCCGGCCACCAGCAUGCAUAUAAUGAUCCAUGAGAGCAGCCCCAUCAACACCACCAACACCACCACCACGGCUGGCUAUUAAUGAUGACUUCAUCUUUAUCCAUACUGGUCCUCCAAUGACUGCUAAAGGGAAAAUAACACCAAGUAUACAACAUCUGCUGUUUUAUGGUGUUCAGCGAUUCAGCAUUUCAUGUCAUUUUAAAAGCUUGAGAACAGUUGUGUUGUGCUCAUUUUGGAGGUCUUUUCUCAGCAGUGUGUAUUUGAAAAGGAAUGUAUUGUGACUGUUGUCACUCCAGAGAAAUGCAGUAUAAAUGGUUAUCACCGGCAUAGAAAGAAUCUGCUCACCAAGGGAAACAUGGUAUUGUUUUGCACAACUUUCCAGCUCUUUUUUUUUUUUUUGUCCUGGAUACGACUGUUUUUUUUUUUUCCUGUGAAACAAGUCAUCAACCUUAAACAAACCAGUUUUGACGUUUGGCUCUUGGUUUGCUUACAUGUGGACAUCCUAUUCUGUUAUUUCCCAAACCGCCGAGGAGACAGAAACCAAACAUUCAAAGGAAAUGCUUUAUUCGAGUGCUGCUUCACUUCUUCUGGACCACCAACAGUCACAAUGUUGCACUCGAGAAACGUGUCAACCCAUUCAGACAACGCAGCAAGCUCUGAUAUAAACAUUUACGUUUUACGAUUACGUAGCACUAAGAGGCACACCGUAGCAUGGGAGAUAACAGCGGGAUGCUGCUGAUUCUCCUCUUUCUCUGUCUCUGUCUGCUUUCUCUUUCCAUCUCUUAUUUCUGCUUCUUACUCAACUCUAUUUUUGUAACAGUGAAACGCACCUCGGUGGUUGGCAUCAGGAAACUAACAAUGGAGCAUAUUCUUUCAUUGUGGUUGUAACGUCACUCACUUGUGAGAUUUAGGCUGGUGUUUGAACUGUGGGGCAUGCUUAUUCAGAGUUUCCAUUCGUUCCCCUCGUUCCCAUUAGUGCUCUUUAUUUAGCUUUUGGCGGCCCAAAGCCAAAUAACACUUUUAAAGUCUUCCUAGUCUCCCCUAGACUAUAAUAAUCUUCACUGACUGCUAUACAGGUAGUGAGACUGGCAUGCUUGCAUGUCUUUGUUAUUUCAGAUUUCAGGAGAGGCUGGGUGAGACAGCGUAGAGAUGAAAUAUUGCAGAUGCAGUAGCUCCAGUGCUGAAUGUCCUCAAGGCAGAUCGGCUGUUAAAGCCCCAAAUAUAAACCGGUGUAUAAACCGGUGAGGAGCAUGUUAACAUUUGAGUCAGCGGGUUGCUCUUUUUUUCUCGCAGUAUAUGCAGGGCUGUGUGUAACACUGAGCAUGGCGGGUCUCUGUGAAAGAAAAAAGAAGUGCGCUGAGAACUUUUAUUUUACAAAGAGUCUAUAUCGAGGAAUAAUAGUUAAAUGGAAAUCUAUAUAAUGGAGGAGAUGUUGUAUAUUUUUUUAUAUAUAGCACCUGAAGAUAUUUUGUUGUAGUACUGGUAUCAGUGUGGGUUUAAUAUACAAAGUAUAAAGACAUAUAUAUCACAUACCAAUAUUUCAAAUGAUAGAUCAAUUAUGAAUGGAGACGGCAGCGCAGAUAGAGUGCACUUAAUACUGUAAUGCAUGAAAAUCUGUUUACAUUAUAUAAUCCGUGUGACACAACUGUACACUCUCUGAUGACCAAACUUUGCAGCUGAUAAAUAGUUGGGAGCUUUUAGUUCAGGCUCAGUUUUGACCUGCUGUCUCUCCAUUCUGAUUGAUCGUCCAUUUGAUCGUCAGUAUCAUAAUAUCACAGCAAUCCAUGUCUUCAUCGCUGGGUUUUGUGCACGUCAUUAGUUUGUAAUUGCAUGAAACAGGUCACUUUUGAGUGACUUCUUCAUUAAGUUAAGGUGAAGUGUUUCGUUUCCUAUUCUUGGAAAUUUAACUGAACCCCUCUGAGAAAUCGAUUUGAUUUGAUCGGUCUAUAUUUUGCAUGACAUUACCACAUUCACUGUGGUUUGAGAGAUUUUGUAGAGUAUUAAAAGUCUGAACUGUGCAUAAAUUGUUAACGUAAAGCCAUGGUGAGUGACUCCGAAUGGAACAAGUUGGGCUUGUCCGACCAUAAUCACUUUAUUAACCAGACCUAGACUGUUACUUACUCACCACAGAUGCAGCACAGGUACAGAUUAACAACAAGCACAGGUGUUGCAAACCAAACUAACUCCCUCACUGAAAAGUACUGUGUGCAUCCUGGACUUCCUUUUUUUUUCUCUCCAUAUCUCAGUUCUCUUCAUUGUUGCAUAACCGUUUUCUGUGUAAAUAUGUAAAACACUAAAUAGUAUAACAGAGUGACAUUGUCUUUUAUUUAGACAAAAUAUCUAUUUCAAAUGUAGCCACUGUGACUAGACCAAAGCAACGUAACAUAUGUCUUUUUUGUGGCAUUUUUCUCAUCCUUUUUGUGUGCUUUUUUUUUUUUUUUUUUUUUU